AGGUUUUCAGACAGUAUUCUGUGUUCUAUUUAAGGCGAUGAAAUUUAGAUUUUCUUUCAGUUAGGCAGAAACAAGUGAACUAUAACAUUGGAAUUCUGCUGAACCAUGAUGACUUUUGGAAGACAAAGAUGCUUUGCUGUGGCACUUUUGCUAUUUUUAGCUUUUGAACUAAAUUCAAGUCAAACUGUUGAAGAACUUUUUGAACAGGACGAAGAGGCUUACAAUCGUGAAAAAAAUAAACCUGUAACAUUACCAGAAAAUAAUUCCUUUGUGGAUUUCAUCAUUGUUGGCGGUGGACCAGCUGGUUGUGUAUUGGCUAAUAGACUUUCCGAAAAUCCCAAUUGGAAUAUUUUACUACUCGAAGCUGGUUCCUCAGAAACUAUCGUCAAUGAUUUACCAGUAUUGGCCUCAAAUCUUCCCGUAUUAACGCAUGCCAGUUGGAAUUAUUCAUCAACACCACAAGAAAACGCUUGUUUAGGAAUGAACGACAAUGUAUGUUCUCUACCGCGUGGAAAAAUACUUGGCGGAACAAGUAGCAUUAAUUAUAUGCUCUACACACGUGGUAAUCCAGCAGAUUUUGAUAAUAUGGCAAGAAAUGGAAAUGUUGGUUGGUCGUAUAGAGAAGUUCUUCCAUAUUUUUUAAAGUCCGAAAAAGCUCAAGGUAUCGAACUUCAACCUCCAUAUCACAAUCGAUCUGGUUUGCAGGGUGUUUCGAUACCAUCCUAUAGAACAAAACAGGCUAAAGCUUUUAUCGAAGGAUGCAAACAAUUGGGAUAUCCAGAAGUUGAUUAUAAUGGAGAAGAACAACUUGGAGUAUCAUAUGUUCAAUCAACAACUCUAAAUGGUCAUAGACACUCUGCUUCAAAGGCGUUUAUCGAGCCAAUUAUUAACAAACGGAAGAAUUUACAGGUCAUAACUUUUGCUCAUGUGACUAAGAUUCUGAUUGAUGGGAAUUUCAGAGCCUAUGGGGUUAAUUAUGAGUUCAGGAAGAAGACUUACACCAUUCGAACUAGAAAAGAAGUAAUUUUGUCAGCUGGAACUUUCAAUUCACCUCAUUUGCUUAUGUUGUCUGGAGUUGGUCCAAAAGAAAUAUUGACAAGACAUGGUAUUAAACAUUUGGUACAGUCACCUGUUGGUCAGAUAAUGUAUGAACACAUGUCAAAUUUUGGUCCAAUUUAUACAACAAACUCCACUGGAGCUACACUUUUCGAUACUCGUAUAACUGAAGACGCUAUGGAAAGAUUCGAAAAUGGUGAUCCUUCGACAAUAAUAUCGACUCUUGGAGGUAUUGAAGCUUUGGUAUAUUCAAAAUAUCAAACAAUAGCUUCGGAUGAUGAUCGCCCUAUGAUUGAGAUAUGUUUAGUAUCCGGUGGCAUGGCCAGUGAUGAUGGAUCAGGUUUAAGUGCAAGUACCAAUUUCAAACAAAAUGUAUAUGAUACGGUCUUUAAGCCACUAUAUGACGCCAAACAGGAACAUGUUUCUUUUAUUCCCAUAUUAAUGCAUCCAACUUGUUACGGAGAUAUGAGGCUAAGAAAUAAAGAUCCUUUUACUCCACCAAUUAUCAAUCCUAAUUACUAUUGUAACGAUGAAGAUAAGCAGGCUAUGUUGGAGGGUAUUAAGGAAGCAAUGCGUAUUGCUGAAACGCCAGCUAUGAAACGUAUCAAUGCAACUAUACAUGCAAUUAAGGUACCUGGUUGUGAAGAAUAUGAAUUUGCAACAGAUGAUUAUUGGUUAUGUUCGAUGGAAGUAUUGUCUUAUACAACACAUCAUCAAGUGGCUUCGUGUAAAAUGGGUACAUUUGAUGAUUCAACAGCUGUUGUUAGCCCGCAGUUGUUGGUUCAUGGUAUGUUCAAUUUGAGAGUUGCCGAUUGUAGUGUUAUACCAGGACCAAUCACAGCACAUACAAAUGCUGCUUCUUUGAUGAUUGGUGAAAAAGCAGCUGAUAUGAUCAAGAAGGAUUGGAUGAAUAAGUAG